GAUGAAUCCAUAAGCUGGUUUUUUUCCUGACAAGGACACAAAUCUGCUCCCCGACCCUCUUCUCUCGCGAGGGCGAUUCCUGCGCCGAGGCAUCCACCUCUCCGCCGCCGAAAUCUUCUCCUUCUUCGUCGUCAAGUUACUACUGUGAGCUGAGUGAGAUAAAGAGUGGAGGUCGCCAAUUCAGCGUCAAGAGUGAGGGAGAGUCUCAGACUUGGGAGCCUUUUCCUUUCGACAUAUAGCUUGAGAGGGAUCCAGGGUUAAAUCUCCGUGCUUGCUGCUGAAGGAAUAUAGACCGGGAGUUUUCUUGGCCUGAGAACAACAAGAGAGCUGCGUAGUGAUAGCAUGGCUUCAAAGCUUGUGGUUCUUGGAAUCCCCUGGGAUGUCGAUACCGAAGGAUUAAAAGAGUACAUGACCAAGUUUGGCCCCCUGGAUGACUGCAUCGUUAUGAAGGAUCGCUCAUCUGGUCGAUCUCGUGGUUUUGGAUACGUGACAUUUUCGUCUGUAGAGGAUGCAAAGAAUGUCGUGAACUCCGAGCAUAUUCUUGGAGACCGAACUCUGGAAGUGAAGAUAGCAACUCCCAAGGAAGAAAUGCGACCUCCAGGAAACAAGAAAGCUACCAGGAUAUUUGUUGCUCGAAUUCCACAGUCUGUGGAUGAGGCAAUGUUUCGCAGGCAUUUUCAAACUUUUGGAGAAAUAACAGAUCUUUAUAUGCCCAAGGAAUUGGGUUCAAAAGACCAUCGUGGAAUUGGGUUUGUCACUUUCCGGAGUGCUGAAUGUGUGGACAAUCUUAUGCAAGAAACCCAUGAGUUUGAUGGUACGACUGUUGUUGUUGACCGUGCAACUCCCAAGCAGGAUGAAGAUGUGAGACACCCUCCAAGGAGAGCCGCACAUGGUGAUGGAAGGAGAGCCGCGCAUGGUGAUGGUGGUUAUGGUUCAUACAAUGCAUACAUUACAGCUGCUACCAGAUACGCAACUCUGGGUGUACCAACACUGUAUGAUCAUCCUGGACCUGCUUAUGGAAGAGGGUACUUACAUGAGCCCGUUGCAACAAGCAAAAAGAUAUUUAUUGGUAGACUUCCCCAAGAAGCAAAUACUGAUGAUUUAUGGGACUACUUUGGUCGAUUUGGCAGAAUCGUUGAUGCUUACAUCCCAAAGGAUCCUAAAAGAAGUGGCCACCGUGGUUUUGGUUUUGUUACUUUUGCUGAAGAUGGUGUAGCAGAUCGUGUAGCACGAAGAAGUCAUGAAAUUCUGGGACAGGAGGUUGCUGUAGACUCAGCUGAACCAGUUGAGGGUGGCGGCUCGAGAGGAGGCAGUUACAUGGAACCGCCAGGGCCAUAUGGAGCUUAUGGCCCAAUGCUGUCUUAUGGCCAGUUCUCCGGCAGUCUUGGUUAUGAUUAUGGUUAUGGUCCCAGUGGAGGCAGCGGCAGCAGCACCAGCAGGUCAAGAGUACAUCCACGGUACAGACCGUACUGAGGCAUCUUCUUGGAGCUUGUACCAGAGCAUCGUGCGACGGGAUUUUUAACGUGAAAAAAUACUACUAUUUAUAUCAUACUGAGAAAAAUGGGAGUGUACAAGGAUAUUCUGCUGUCUGGAUGCUAGUAGGGUCGUGUAUUGUUAUGUCCACUUAUCUUGCUCAGGAUAUUGGCAACACGUUUUCUUGGGCUUGGGAAGAAAAUCCUAUGAGUCCUAUGCU